AUUGCGUAAUUUGUACACAAUCUUUUUGGCAAGUGACGAUACUGGUGUUGAUUGCGGUUUUUCACCAUUCCCUAGGCAAAGCUUCCCUGACACGCUGGUUAGGUCUUCAUAGCAAUGAUGGGGCCUUAAUAUUGUCAUCUCAAGUCAUUUCAGGCUGUGGGCGACACUGCCCUCGCUGAAAGUCACCGAACAAAGUCUAGAUCAAACGGGCGGAAUCCGGCGGAUGCUUGACAGUACCCAAAUUCUGGUGAGAAGUUUUCACUAAAGUAUAAAUGCAGAGACGACUGUUUCCAGUAAGUCAAACCAAUUUAUACAAGACCAAUCUACAUGCAUAGUCGAUUCAAUUAAUCUGAUGCUCUCGCAUAAAGGCUCUCAGGCAGCUGUCUUACUACUACUUGUGCACGCUGCCGGAACGGUCGUCGCAGCAGUUGACUUCACUCAGUGUCUGAACGAUAUUGUUCAGAAUGCGAAUGCUACUCAAAACUUAGCUGGUUUACUCAACGGUGACGGAAAUCCUGUGUCGAAUGUUGCUGAUGCGACAUCGAUCAGCUACUCGUUGUGCACAUCCAGCUGUGGGACUGGACAGGAACCUUUCCAGUGGUCUGUCUUUUCGCAAGAAUUCAGUGCGUGGCUAUUGCCAAAUCUUGCACUGAUUUCGCAGCUCCCAUUUGGGGCACAGUACAGACUUGAUAAUCUCAUGUCUGCCGUCUUAACUGUUGGGUCACCGGCACUUGCUGGUUACUCUCUAUUCAUCACCCUCCUCAACUCUCGCUGGAUCAACCGCCGGUUUGAUCACUUAGUGGACUAUCCUAAUUCACGUUUCGUACUCUCCAUCUUGAGCAGCCUUCAGCAAGUUCCGCUCAGACUGCAUCCUGAUCGCGCACGCUUACCCUCCCUCAUCGUCCUUCCGGAAAACGACUCCUGGUGGAAAUGUCUCGCUGAAUUUGUGGACUACACUCAUACAUGGUCAAUCGCUUCCGCAACCUCCAUUGCAUGGGUCGUUGUCGCCUAUAUCCUAACUGUAGCCAACUCACUAUCGAAUGUUUACGCAAACGUUCAAUCCAAUGGAGAGGCUACUGGCUCAAUGUGGUUGUGGUUGAUUCCGAUAGUCGUCGGAUGGCUCCAACUCUCCCCAAAAUGCGACUUCAAUCGUUUACAAGCUGCUUAUGACCGUGCAGACAGACAUAGUAUGCACGCAGGAACAUCGGACAUUGGUGCCGGGAUGUUUCCCGCGUCAUCCCGGAGACCUUUGGCAAUAACUGCCAAGGAGGAUGAUGUGAUGUCUCCAGACGAACUCCUCACCCCUCCGGUGUUUAAUUACUCGCGUUCGCUGCGAUGGGCAUCUACGGCAGAUACUAUCUUCAUGGUGUUCAAAGCGGCAUCAGAGAAGGCUCGUAUCCAUCUUCCCGUUUGUAGGAGUGAUUGGGUCGAAUCUAGCAUUAACAUCGAGUCCGUCACUACCCAAGACAAUGAUGACAGAAACCGACAUGGGCCCCUCCAACACGUCUCUAUGUACUACAUACAACCCAACAUGGUACAGAGUCUAAGCAGCCAUUGGGCACCUGGUGUGUUCACCAGAAUGGUUACCGCUUCCUGCGCUUCGCUUGCAUUACAAUGGGGAACAGUCGGAGCAGCAUUUCUGGUGGGGUGGUUCACACCUACAACAGGAAUAGGGUGUCGAACUAUGGGUUAUCUCCUUUACGGAGUCAUUUCGACUUUAGUUUGGAUGAUGCUCCUGUUGUCCAGUAUUCUCGCCCACUCUGCCACCGCCGACCCCCGCCGAGUAUCGCUAUAUGCACGUAUUGCUUUGGGGUUUUCGCACGUCCUGCGAUGGACGGGCAAAUUGUUGGCCCUAUUAAACUUUUGUUUGGUGAUCAUGGCAUGCGUAUUCCAGUACUCCAGCUUCUACGAUAGAUGUUACUGCAAUUCCAGCGUGUUUAGCAGGCGAGGCGCAGCGUAUGCUGUGAUCAUCGAAACCGCAGCCCAAGCUGCACAGGCUAAGGCUGCCUGGAUCGGUGCCCUUGUCUUAGCGUGUACAUCAGCAUCGGUUUUCCUUGGUGUCCUGAAUCUCUUGUUGGACACUCUACCACCGUAGGCAAGCGAGAGGAGUAACUUAUGUUGUAAAACUAUUUGACAGUAAUACUAUGUUCGAACAGAUGACUUGACUUUGUGAAAUUAUCGUUUCAUUGGAUGAUACCCCACCUAAAUGUUCAGGCCUGCAGGGAGAUAAUACUUGUCUUACAGCCAUCCAUGCGAAUGAGGAUGGAGAGAAAAUGAAAAUAGUAAUGCUGUACCCA